CUCACAGUCGUUGACGUGUCUUUGUGUCCUCAGCUCACAGUCGUUGACGUGUCUUUGUCUCCUCAGCUCACAGCCGUUAACUCCAGCGUCGCUCUGAUCGAAGCUUCAGACGUCGACUCUGAGCCUCUGUUCUAUCGUUUAGAGUCGGCAACAGACAAAUAUUUCCGUCUGGAAAACAUCAACUCUCCAAAGAUUCUCGUGAAAAGUCUCCUGGACUUCGACGUCGUUCAGAAGAUCUCUCUGGUUUUACACGUUCAGGACACGUUCAACGGCUCGGCCUCCAACAAACCCUUCUUCACGUCUGUGGCCACCAUCACGGUUCACGUGAAGGACGUUGACAACCGGCCUCCGUGGUUUCAGCCGUGUCUCAGGACAAACCUAGGAAACGCCAAACUGUGCGUGAGCAGCGGCUACAGAGGAAAAGUCAACUUGACGGAGAAAGAGGACGGGCCGUUAGGGCUGGAGCCGGGGCCGGUGUUCGCCAAGGACGGAGACAAGAACCGGAGCGAGCAGAUCAGCUACAGAAUCCUGAGAGGAAACGAAGGAAACAUUUUCCAGAUUGAUGAAGAAACAGGAAACAUCACCAUGACCAAAGCUGCUGAUAUUGUCGGACCAAUAACUCUGACUGUUCUGGCGUCUCAGGUGACCAACAGGGAUCAGUUUGCGGUGACACAGGUGACCAUCGAGGUGAUGAAGAGGAGCAGGAACCCUCCUCGCUUUGAGAAGGAGCGAUACGAAGGAUUCAUCUACAGUAACUCCGUCCCUGAGAGCAUGAUCCUCCGAGACCGCAGCACCAACCGGCCGUUCAGGGUCCGAGCCCGGGACGAGGACUUCGCCGGCGGUUUGAAUCCAGAUGUGAAGUACGAGGUUCAGUACAGCAGCUACGUCAACGUGACGUCAGACGGUUUCAUGAUCCUGAAGAGAAUCGUGAAGACAGAAUCGUUUGCACUUCAGCUCAGAGCAGUGGAUUCGACGACAGGAGAGUUUGGCACCGCAGCCGUUUCAGUUCAGGUCAUUCCAGCCGUGGCGACCCCGUCUCCCUCAAACAUCGGCUACCGGCCGGGGGACAUGGCGCUGCUGGGUCUGGUCAUGGCGGCUCUGCUGGUCCUCUGCCUCAUCGUGAUCGGCUUCUUGAUUUCCCGCUUGUGGAAAGGAAACGGCAGCAUGAACAAAAUAUGUGAGUGUCUCGGCCCCUGUCUGAAGUCGGACCAGCCUCGGACCGGGCACCGGGACUCCCUGCAGUACACCAACGACGGCUUCCAGAACGAGGCCGACCAGAGCCGUGGGGGCUCCAGGCGCUGGAACAACGUCCUCCCCAGGCGGAGCACCUUCCCCCAGACACAGGGGAGACGGAGCCGCCACUGCUCCUCCUGUGGCGUCUACACCAACCACGUCCCCAAGGGGAGCCCCUCAGUGAGACCGGGCCGGAGGGGCCGAGGAGACGGAGAUGAGUACGGCAAGAGGUCGGUCCUGAACAAGCAGAGGAGGAGGGAGGGCCAGAAGACGGUGUGGUUCAAAGAGAGCGAGGACUCGUCAGACAUCGAGGUGGAGAUCAUCCCAGACACUGUGGGCCGGGUGGAGGAGGAGACCGAGGAGGAGCUGGAGGGGGAGGUGGAGAUGGAGGGGGUGGUCAGAGACCCAGCCGCCCCUCCGAGAGGCUCUGAUGACGGGCAGGAGAACCAGAACACACGACCCGGUGAGGAGCAGGACUGUGGAGUUACCAACUCACUGAAAGAGAAGGAAGACCAGGAGCAGGAGGGCUGAGGUCCGAGGUCAGAGGUCGACCUGGGGUCAGAGGAAACUGAGCUGUUGGUUUUCUUCUCACUUCCUGGAGACAACAGGCCACAGCACCGGUCUGAGUCCAGGAGGAAGCUUCACAUCUCUGGGAAACUGUGGGCGUCAACACCACGGAUCCAGAAGGACUUUUUCUCCUGUGAGAAUCUGAGCUUUUAAUGUUGGAAUUUAUUGUGUCGGUCAAAUGUGUGUGUGAAGUGAAAUGUUCCGGUUUCAGAUCCUGACCCUUAAAGCAACAUUACACGACUUUAAACCUUAAAGCAGCAGCUUCAUUAAAAUCUGAUUUCAGUCUCCAGGAAAUGUUGUGUAGACAUGUUGUGUAGUCAUGUUGUGUAGUCAUGUU